UUCCUCCUGUAGCUGCGUUCGAGCUGCUGCUGGACCAGCAAGAACAGCUUUGAACCGGUUUUGUCGCCGGCUACAAAGCAGACUGAAACGGACGCAAAAUGCGCAUAGAUGAUGCAGGGUGCUUUCUUUAAACACGGGCAGCAUAGAUCCCAGCUCAGACAGACCAGCAUCCGUGUACGAUGCUUUCUUGUUUAUGUCAUUUGAAGUGAUUCUGUGAGAAGGGAUUUUAAUAGGGAAACCAUCCUACAUGGAAAGUUCCCGUGGAGCGCGCAGCUCUGCACGCGCCUGCUGCUGUUUUUGUAGAUGCUGAGGAACCUCUGCUCUGUCACAGCUGUAGCAGAUCACAGAGGGCAGCAGUAAUCUCAGCACCAUGGCUCCAUCUAAUCAAGUGCUGGACGGAGGCUGGGGAUGGGCGAUUGUUGUCGCCUCUUUCAUGGCCCAGCUCCUGGCCUAUGGAUCACCCCAGUCAGUGGGUGUCCUCUACCCUGAGUGGCUGCAUGCCUUCCAGGAGGGCAAGGGAAUGACGGCCUGGGUGGGCUCCCUUGUGGCUGGAGUGGGACUCAUAGCCAGUCCUGUCUGCAGUGCCUGCGUGGACAACUUUGGGGCCCGUCCAGUGACCAUCUUCAGUGGCGUAAUGGUGGCGGGCGGCCUGAUGCUCAGUGCCUUUGCUCCAAAUGUGCAGUUCCUCAUCUUUUCCUAUGGGAUUGUGGUUGGCCUGGGUUGUGGUCUGGUCUACGCAGCCACGUUGACAAUCACCUGCCAGUACUUUGACAAGAGACGCGGCCUUGCCCUUGGCAUUGUCACCACAGGCACAAGUGUUGGAGCGUUCAUCUAUGCCACCGCUCAGAACGAGCUGAUUGUGUUGUACGGCUUGGAUGGUUGCCUGCUAAUCAUCGGUGCUGUAGCACUAAACCUCAUGGCGUGCGCCGGCUUCAUGAGGCCCCUUAACAUGCCGGGGUACUACCUCAAACAGAAGGCCGCCCUGGAGCGCAACACAGAGGAGCAGCUUUUCGAGAAGCCCCAGUUAGAUGACCUGAAGAUCACAACAGGUUCCAGUGCAACCACUCCAGACAAAAAUCUGAUGGUGAAGGAGUUGCUCAUCACCAUCGAUGCUAAGGACUUGGCCAUUCAGACAGAGAAGAAGAAAGGCAGCUUCCUUGCCGGGUUUGCCAUCAUGAAAGUCAUCAAAAAGAAACAGCAGGCCUACUCCAGGUAUAUGCACUCCAUGUAUGAGAUCUUGCAGGACCAAGCCAUGGUUGCCUUCUGUAUCGCUGUCUUCCUGUUCAGCCUGGGGGCAUUCCCUCCUGUGCUCUUUAUAGAGGAUGUGGCGCAGAGCGAGGGACUCAUUGAAGAAGUUAGUGUCAUUCCUCUGGUAUCAAUAGGCGCCAUCGCCACUUGCAUGGGUAAGCUAGUGCUGGGUGUUCUCGUGGACAUAAGGUGGAUCAACAGCAUCUAUUUGUACGCAUUCACCAUGUUUGCAGGAGGUGUGGCAUUACUCCUCAUCCCCAUCACUAAGACUUAUGUGGGACUGCAGAUCCUGUCUGCUGUCCUGGGUUUCUUCUCUGGAAACUGGUCCCUUACCUCCUACAUCACUACUAAGAUUGUCGGCUUGGACAGACUGACCCAAGCCCAUGGCAUCCUCAUGUUCUUUGGGGGAUUUGGGAUCAUGCUUGGACCCCCUGUUGUAGGGUGGUUCUUUGACUGGACGCAGUCAUAUGAUUUGGCGUUCUACUUUAGUGGGAGUUGUGUUGUGCUGGGAGCAUUCAUUCUCUUUCUGCUCACCCUUCCCUGCUGGAACAGGAAGCACUCCGAGACCGACAGACCAGACGUCCAUUACACCAGCAACUGUGACAAAGUUGCCUCUGUAGCCUGAAUAUAAGCUCCUUUCAAAAGGACUCAGAUCUCACCCCUACUGCCCAGCAACUAUCCGCUGAUAAACUGUACCUGAACCACAUAGCAGGAAUUUUCUUUCUUUGAGUAUACAGGGGUUUCCCCCUUAUUUCUGCUGCCAGAUUUUAAUAUACCAAAAUACUUGCAGAGGUUUUGAAAUACAGGCCUUUCCUCUGUACUUUGCCUGCAUUUCUCAGGUUCAAACCAUAUACUGCAUAUCUUUUUAAAGGUUUGACUCUGAUGCCUGUGUUGAUUUUAUUUUUUAUUAUUGCCUCAUUUUACGAGGCAAACUGAACAAUACUGUUCAACUCCCAAAUUCUACACUGUGUUUAUGUAAACUUCACAGUAGCGCUGAAAAAAGACAUGGUGCCAUUCAUAAUGCUGGGAAGAAAAACAUCUGUAAAAUUGGUGGUUAAUUUCACACAGUAACAACAUCUGAAACCACUCUGCAAAUGCACAACAAUCUCCCAGAGAAUACAGGGAUUGGAAUGAAGGAGGGAGCCUUUUUUUGAUAAUCAUAAUUUUAGCAGCAUAUUUUUAUGUUCUAUUUUGGUUUUAAUAUAUAUCUUAAUUGCACCACUAUCUAUCUUACCAAAGCAUCAAUGAUAGUCAAUGCCUGUCAACACAUAAUGCCUGUUGGAACAAUACAAAAGCCUUGCUUUAUAGAUUUUUUUUUAUGUUCAAGUGCAUCACAAUUUAUACUUUUUUUAAAUGGUUUGAGCUCCACAUACCUCCUGUUUAUGGAUCAGACAGAGACUUUUUGAAUAAGUUAGGCUGAUUCAAAAACAUGUAAAAUCACUGAAGAGAUCCUACUGUAAUUCCAACCUUGAAAGCAUGUUGACUCUCUUGUGGCAUGGUUAUCAUGACCUCUGCUGGCGUUCAUUUUGACCAGGCUGGUCCUUUUCCAUCAUGUUGUGUAUGUGUAUGUUUAUUGUACAUUGUGUGUGUAUGUGUCUGCACAUGCAUGUUCGCAUACGUGCACAGGUUUAUGUGUGUACAUUGUUUGAUAAACUUUUGUAUUAGCACUAAUUUGUAAAGUUCUAUGUGCUAGUGACUUUUAUAUGCACAAAACCGGCCAUAGAGCUGUAAAAAUAUUUUUGUUUAAGUUGGAAGUUGAUUAUUGUGAUAAUUGUAAUGAAAAUGUCACAACAGACUUUUAGAAUCACUUGAAUGUUGUUAAAUAGACCACUAAAAAUGUCUUUUUGAUAGCUCCAGUUUCAGGCAUAGGAGUAAAUCUGGGACAUUAGUGUUUGCUUUUUGUGUUUGUAGAGGAUAUUGACAAGGUGAAGAUGAGGUACAAUUAGUACUAAGAGACAGUAUGUUUGUUUGUCAUCUUUUUAGCUACUCUUAUUUUUUUAUUGCAGUAUUAUAAUAUUUAUGUCUGUAUUU